GGAGGAUUCCCGGACGCGGUAUUCCCAGGUUCCGGCUGCUUGGGAACCAUCCCGUUUGUGUACGAAAUGCUCCGCGAACUACUUGAUCACCAGCUCCCAUGGGCUUACUUCGUCCAGGUGCAUGUAUAAAGCUCCUGCGGGUCCCGUCACGAAUCAUCAUCAACUUGUUGCUUUCUUGCCUCGUCUUGUUCUUACAUCGUCUGUCAAGACAUCUUCGUGUUAGUCAAUGUCGCAAAAGUGAUCUCGGAAAUAAGCCAUCAUGAAAGACGAGCAGAUUGUCGGCGCCGCCUUGGCCGAAGUUCUUCCCAAGACAGACAAGUACUGGUUUCAACAGCCGCACUUGCUCAGAUUGAACUUAUUGCUUUUAAUUCCCUUACUCUCCUCUUCAGUCGCAGGGUAUGAUGGCUCCCUGAUGAAUGGUCUCCAGUCCCUUCAGCAAUGGCGAGAAUACUUCGGACAUCCGGCUGGUGUAAGGUUGGGAGUUGUGAAUGCAGCACAAUCCAUCGGAUCCGUCCUAGCUCUGCCUAUCGUGGGAUAUCUGGCAGAUCGUUUCGGCAGGAAGCCUGUUCUACUGUCUGGCAUCAUCCUCAUCAUUGUCGCCACAAUCAUCCAAUCCACCUCGAUUAACUUGCCCAUGUUCAUCAUCUCGCGACUAGUGGUUGGUUUCGGCGGCAUGUUUGUGGUACACCCGAGUCCAAUGCUCAUCGCCGAAUUAGCUUACCCAACGCAUCGUGGAAAGUAUACCUCCGCUUACUGGACAAUGUACUAUCUUGGUGCGAUCUUGGCCUCGUGGACGACUUUCGGCUGCCAAGAUUACCAAAGCGAGUGGGCGUGGCGAGUUCCUUCCAUCCUUCAAGCCGGAUUCCCACUCGUACAACUAUGCUUCUAUGCCUGGGUCCCAGAGUCGCCGAGAUGGCUGGUAGCAAGAGAACGAACAGCAGAGGCUGCCGCAAUUCUCGCCAAAUAUCACUCGGGAACUCAUUCUGCAGCCGAAAGCCACACGCCCUUGGUACGUCGUGAAGUGGCCGAAAUUGUCCAUACAAUCCAGCAAGAAAAGUCUGCAGAGACAACGGGCUGGAUGGCGUUGGUUUCUACGCCUGGCAACCGUAAGAGGACAUUGAUUGCAGUUUGCGUGGGAGCCUUUGCCCAGUGGAAUGGCAUUGGUGUAGUCUCGUAUUACCUUACGCUGGUUCUCAACACCGUUGGCAUCACGGAUACGUUCACACAAACAUUGAUCAACGGCCUGUUGCAGAUCUUCAAUUUCGCUGCCGCUUUGAGUGCUGCUUUCCUCGUUGACCGGCUCGGCCGUCGGGCUCUAUUCCUUUGGUCAGGGGCAGGCAUGCUGGUCAGCUACAUUGUUUGGACUGCCUGCUCAGCCGUGAACACAGACACCGGGUCCAAGUCUGCCGGAGUAGUUGUUGUCGUCUGCCUCUUCACUUUCUACUUCCACUACGACAUCGCUUACACCCCACUCCUGAUGGGAUAUCCGACCGAGAUCUUUCCCUACUCUUUACGUUCUAAAGGUAUUGCGGUUGAGCUGUUCGCAAUAUAUGGGUCACUAAUCAUCGCGGCGUUCGUCAAUCCCAUUGGUUUAGAGAACAUUGGGUGGCGGUAUUACAUCGUCUUUUGCUGCUUUUUGGUAGUAUUCUUUGUCGUUACGUGGGUCCUGUUCCCAGAGACCAAGGGGCACAGCUUGGAGGAGAUUGCGGUAAUUUUUGACGGGCCCCAGGCUGUGGAAAACUUUGAGGAUGCUUCUGAUUCGAAGGAAGAGAAGAUACUUGCCAAAGGGGGACUUCACGAUAUCGUGCACAAGGAGGAGGCAUAGUUUAAUUCCUAUUUAAUUACAGGUAGCUCAAGGAACAGCACGAGGAAAACUCUGGAUAGUGAUCUAGCUAAAGGUGUUUUGUCACCGUCUUUGAAACUUGAAGGUUCAAGAGCGUGCGAGC